AUGGGCGGCCAGAGGUGGGAAGUUGUGGGUGGUGGUGACAAGGGCGGCAUCGUUGUUCGUGCCGGUCGGCAUUUGGGCUCUGCCGAGCAUCCUUCCAAGCUUGAGAAGAACUCGCUCGUGGAGGAGUUGGCGCGGACUGGCGAUCGUCUGAAGUACAGAUUGGUGAGGGGCAAAGGACCCGAGGAGGGAUGGGUGAGCGUGCGAUUGAAGGAGAAGGUGUUAUUGGAACCCGUUGAUGAGGAGGUGGCCGAGACGGGCCCGUCUCGAGCCGUGGACCGCGUGCAGGAGCUUCGCGAGGAGUUUCCGGGCUGUGCAAGCUUAGAAAUCCCGGUCGAAGCCGCAAACUGGUCAGACUCCGAGCUGAGGAACUUCUUCGAAAGUAGCGGCUUCAUCAAACCUCGCCCGGCGCCUGCGGGAAUCCAGGGCAGCGGAGGUGCGAGUGGAGCAUCAACAGCACCAGUUCCGGUGAACGGUGUCCAGUUCACCCUCCCGGAGGCAUUGCAUUUGCAGGAAAGAUUGCUGAUUGCCUUCAAGAGUGCAGACUUUCAACAGAAGUUGCAGCGCCUGCAGCGGCAGUACCCUCAGCGAAAGCUGAGAGGACAUAAUGAUGGAAAGGCAUAUUUCGAGGCGUUCGAGGUGCUUGUCAUGACCGUGUAUCACAAAAUUUUGCCGGCUCAUGGAUUGCGCGGCGACUGGGACGGGGUCGGAGAAAUGUUCAGUCGAAUCGAGACUGCAAUGCGCAACGGCAAGGUUAAGAAACAGCACGAGGAGAUCAACACACUUCUUGGGCUGCCACGCGAUGCCAAGCUGGCUCCUUCACGACGACAGGAUCUCUUCGUCUACUGCCCAGGAGCCGACGGAGGGGUGCCAUCCUUCUCCCUGCACGUUGUCGAGGAUGAGGACCUCGAUCAGGCGCACGAGUUUCUCGUGGAGGAGGAGGGUGAGCUUCAAGCUACGAUCAUUAGCACAAGCAGCUGGUAUUUGGUGAGAGAACGUGCUAUCGUGAGAGCGGCUCCUGAUGUGAAGUCAAGAGUUUUGGGAGAGCGUGGUGUGGGGCAGCGCGUACACGGUCACAAGAUCCUACAUGAUGCAGCGGGCAGGUGGCUACAACUUCACGAAAGUGAACUGCGAAAGCUGGGAAAUGCCCCAGAGGCCUGGGUUCACUUUGGAGUUGGGCGCGAGCUUCUGGUGAAGCAGUGA